AUGAAGAAGACCCUAAACAAGUUAUGGCCGGCGCUCGCGGAGAGCAAACUCGCCGUCGCGCUGCUCGCCGGCCUCUUUGUCGCGGCGGUGAUCUUUCUCUCCGUGCCGACGCAGUUCGCAGUCCGGGGCACAAACGCCAAUAGAACAGCAGAACCUCCGUUCAGAUUCCUAGGCAUUAUUACAGCUAAAUUUCUCAGCUUUCUGUAUUCUCCGUUUGCAGGUGAAGAAAUUGCACCGGCGACAGCGACGGCGACGGCGACCUCUGUUGCGCCUGUGCAUCCUCCUCUGGAGCCGAUCUGCGACCUCUCCGACCGGCGCUACGACGGCUGCGAGAUGUGGGGCGACGCGCGCACGGCGAGUGGCGCCGACAAGUCGGUGGUCUACUUCAUCCCGCCGCCGCAGCAGCUCGCUACCGCGGCGGCGGCCACCUGGAGCAUCCGCUCUCAGUCCCGCAAGAUCGUCGGCGUCCGUGAGGUGAUCGUCCGGUCCCUGGACGCGUCCAGCCUCCACGAGGCGCCCGGCUGCACGGUGCGCCGGGACGUGCCGGCCGUGGUGUUCGCGCUCGGCGGCCUCACGUCCAACUACUGGCACGCCUUCAGCGACGUGCUGGUGCCGCUCUUCACGACGGCGCGGGCCUUCGGGGGCGACGUCGACCUCCUCGCCACCGGCGCCGGUGGCCAGGCCUGGUUCCUCGGCAAGUACGACCGCGUCCUCCGCGCGCUCUCGCGGUACGACGUGGUCGACCUCGACGCCGACGGUGACGUCGUGCGGUGCUACCACCACGUCGUCGUCGGCCUCCGCGGCCACCGCGACUUCGACAUCGACGCGGCGCGCGCCCCGAACGGGUACGACAUGCUCGCCUUCCGCGAGUUCGUCCGUGCCGCCUACUCCCUGCCGCCGCCGCCCGCCGCAGCGCUACCGUGCAAAUCUGGCGGCGGCGGAACGAGGCCGCGGCUCAUGCUCGUCCUCCGGGGACGCACGCGGCGGUUCGUGAACGAGGGCGCGAUCGUGGACGCGAUCGAGCGCGCGGGCUUCGAGGUGGCGCGCAUGGAUGAGACGGCGUCCUGGGGAAGCGUGGGCGCGGUGGCGCGCGAGGUGGACGCGUGCGACGUGCUCGUGGGCGCGCACGGCGCCGGGCUGACCAACAUGGUGUUCCUGCGCGCGGGCGCCGUGGUGGUGCAGGUGAUCCCGUGGGGGAAGAUGGAGCCCUACGGGGAAGGGUUCUUCGGCGCCCCGGCGGCGCACAUGGGGCUCCGGCACGUCGCCUACAGCAUCGCCGCCGAGGAGAGCACGCUGUACGAGAGGUACGGCAAGGACCACCCGGUGAUGGCCGACCCCGACGUGUUCUACAGGAACGGCAGCAACGCCAAGUUCUACUGGUGGGAGCAGAGCAUCCGGCUCAACACCACCAGGUUCGCGCCGACGCUGCAGAUGGUGAAGCGGAUGCUGCGAGAGUGACCCCCUGUUACAUACUCCUCAACUCUUAAUGCACUAACCACACUGUACACGCAUCAUUAUAUCUGCAGUUUUGCAUCCAAAACAUGUUGUACUCUGUUUGAAACGUGGGAACUUUUUUUGUUA